GUGUGAGCACAGCCUCCCUCCCGCCUUCUUACUGUCUCUCCAUCAAAACCGUCAAAAUACGAAAUUCGCCUCCCGUUUUCGCAAAGCCCAAAAAAGGGAAAAUCCCCAUUUUCUCCUUCCACACUCUCCUAUAACUUCUCCUCCUUUCCCAGCCAUUCCUCACUCUCUCUUUCUCUCUUGGUAUCGCUUUCUCGAAUGCAAUCUCUCUCUCCUUCUUCUCUCCUUCCAAAACCUCGCUUUGAUUCUAUUUCCAGCCACUCCGUCGACCUCGCGGCAUCUCCUGCUUCUGUUAGGGCUUCGUUUCCUGCGAAAAACGCCGAUUUGAAGGUCGGAUCUUCGAAAGCGAUGGGAUCUGCUGGGAAAUCUCACCCGAAGAUCGUCACCGGAGAUGCAGGAUAUGUUCUGGAAGACGUUCCGCACUUGACCGAUUAUAUUCCUGAUCUGCCUACUUACCCAAAUCCUUUGCAAGACAAUCCAGCAUAUUCAGUUGUCAAGCAGUACUUCGUUAAUGUGGAUGAUACUGUUGCUCAAAAGAUUGUUGUUCACAAGAGUAGCCCAAGAGGGAUACACUUUCGACGUGCCGGGCCUCGCCAAAAGGUGUAUUUUGAGUCAGAUGAAGUGCAUGCAUGUAUCGUAACAUGUGGUGGGCUAUGCCCUGGGCUUAAUACAGUGAUUAGAGAAAUAGUAUGCGGCUUGUACCACAUGUACGGAGUCACCAAAAUCCUUGGAAUAGAGGGAGGAUACAGGGGUUUCUAUUCUCGCAAUACUGUUCCUUUAACACCCAAGGUCGUCAAUGAUAUCCACAAACGUGGUGGUACCAUCCUUGGCACAUCACGAGGAGGCCAUGACACCUUAAAGAUAGUUGAAAGCAUUCUGGACCGGGGCAUUAAUCAGGUGUACAUUAUAGGAGGAGAUGGAACCCAAAAAGGGGCAUCAGUAAUUUUUGAGGAAAUUCAAAGGCGUGGUCUCAAAGUUGCAGUUGCUGGAAUCCCUAAGACUAUUGAUAAUGACAUUGCGGUAAUUGACAAGUCCUUUGGUUUUGACACGGCCGUGGAAGAGGCUCAACGGGCCAUUAAUGCAGCACAUGUUGAAGCUGAAAGUGUUGAGAAUGGUUUGGGUUUUGUGAAGCUAAUGGGUCGCUACAGUGGUUUCAUUGCAAUGUACGCUACUCUUGCCAGCCGAGAUGUGGACUGUUGCUUGAUUCCAGAGUCACCUUUUUAUCUAGAAGGGAAAGGUGGACUUUUUGAAUACAUUGAGAGACGACUUAAGGAGAACGGGCACAUGGUUAUUGUUUUAGCUGAAGGUGCAGGGCAGGAUCUUAUCGCUGAAAGCAUGCGGGAAAUGAGCCAGCGAGAUGCUUCAGGAAACAAGCUACUUCUCGAUGUUGGGCUAUGGAUAUCUCAGAAGAUUAAGGAUCAUUUCGCCAGAACACACAAGAUGGUUAUAAAUCUCAAAUAUAUAGAUCCUACGUACAUGAUUCGAGCUAUUCCAAGCAAUGCAUCUGACAAUGUAUACUGCACACUUCUUGCACAAAGUGCUGUUCAUGGAGCAAUGGCAGGAUACACUGGCUUUACCGUUGGACCUGUUAAUGGCAGACAUUCCUACAUACCCUUCCAUAGGGUGACAGAGACACAGAACAUGGUAGUGAUAACAGACAGGAUGUGGGCAAGGUUGCUGUCUUCGACUAACCAGCCAAGCUUCCUGAGCUCGAAAGACAUGAUCCCGGCUGAGAAGAAGGAAGAGGCAACGCCACUGCUGGAUGGUGAUAAUUGCUUGGAUGAAGAUCGGAAGGGUGCUAAAGAGAUUGGUGUGGGGGCAACAUGAGGUGAGAUGGGGGUAAACAGCACAAGGUUGGGUUUUGAUAUAAUUAUAGGUUGUGUUUUUGGACACUCCUACCUUUUUUAGUAGUGGAGCAUCAACCCAUCAUUUCCUGUUGAGUAUUUAUAAUAUGACAGCAUGUUGUACCUUGUUGUGGUUACACCGUGCUUGCAUUUCUCCGAGAGACAAAAUAAGUCUAUCAAAAGUUAUUUAUUUAUUUUAAAUACAGUAUGCAGUGUUCCUUUGUAA